GUUGUUGUCGCGACGUUGACAGGCUGCUGGCUGACAACAGGUGAACGGGAGUUCAGCGUCAGAAACCGAGGACAGGACGUCACGGCGGGGUGAAAUACGCGAUGAGAGGACGGCAACAGAAAGUGAUAAGGAAGCCCAGCAUGCCACGAUGUUUCCUCCUCCUUACGCUGGUUUUGGUGUCCUGAGUGGAGCUACACUGAGAGAGGAAACCUAACACACAUAGCAGAAAAUCCACACAAUCCCUUUGCAAUUGGAAGAGGAUGGGCCGUCCCGCAGAGCUUUUGUUUCCUGUGAGAGGAAAACUUCAAUCACUUCAGCGCUCAGUCCUCAUUGGUCCGUCCAGUGUUUCAUGAAACCUCUCCAGGUGUCGUCUCAUUGGUCCUUCAUUCCACUGUGAAGACCGGCCAGCCAAUCAUCAUCUGCCUGGCAGCGUCUCUGCAGCAGAUUUCUGCUUCACUUGGGACAGAGCACAACAAGCGAGAGAGAGAGAGAGAGAGAGAGAGAGAGGGGAGAUCGAGGUUCACUACUGCUGAAUCAGGGGUUCUGCAAAAGUCAUGCAGAUGUGCUUUUUCUGACAUGUCUCUUGCACUGUAUGGACAACACAGUGCUAAUACAGGAGCCAUACAGACGGAGGAUUUACAGAAAUAAUCUCCAACAUGGAGGUUCCCAGGAGGCCCCAGCCCUCCUCCUUCACACUGCCUCUCCCUAAACCGGCCUCAUCGGCUUUAUCUCCCCUCGGAGCUGUGGAGAAGGUCACCAAGAAACAUCCAAUGAAAGAGGAGCUUCAAGAGAAGAAGGAUCGGACGGCAGACGAAGAUCAGUUUGGAGAGGAUUUGUUCAGUACUGAGGAGGAGGAGUCGGCUGUGUCUCUGUAUGUGGAGGCACCAACCGACACCUCAGGACUCGAAGAUACAAAUACUUCCAUUGUGGAAACAAAUUUCAAACUUUCCUCACAGGAUAGUUUCUCAGAGGAUGGCUCAAUGUCAGAGGAGAGGUUGGCAGAGGAGGCAAAAGAGGCCAAAAAGAAGUCUGAAGAGGAGGAAGCAGCAGCCAAAGAGAGGGCAGCCCAGAGGCAGCUGCUGGCCAUAGAGGAGCUGGUCCAGUCUGAGAGGAACUACCUCCGACUGCUGCAAGUCAGCACUGUGACCAUCAGGAGCAACCUACAGAAGCUACAGCCGCCUCCAGCCAACCUGGACAGCAUGUUUCUCUACAUAGAGGAUGUGAUUGGCGUCUCAACUCGACUUCUCAGCCUGCUGGACCAGAAACAGAUUCAGCCUGGAGACCCUCUCUACUUGGAGACUCUGUGUGAUUCAUUCCUCAGCCUGUCUUCAGACAUUGAGGCAGCCUAUAACGAAUAUUUGGCCAACUACAACAAUGUGACAGAGGUGGAGAACAGCUACAAACAGAAGGAGGCGCUCUGGAAUGAGAUCGUCAGAGUCAUCAAGACCUCAGCGCCUGAAGUAAAUGCCACCUCUCUGAGUUUCUUCUUGGUGAUGCCGGUCCAGCGGAUCGCCCGCUACCCCCUCCUCCUGCAGACCAUCCAGAAACACACAGACAGCGCUCACCCAGCGUAUGCACUUCUGGAGCAGACCGCUCACACCUCCAUCGCCUUGAACUGUCGCAUCAAUGAGUACAAACGCUUCAGAGAAGUCGCUGACAAAUACAAAAAGACAGAGACCCUGACCAUAAAGGACAAGAUCAACCGCCUCAACACCCACAGCAUCGCAAAGAAGACAGCAAGGCUCAGCCAGCACAUCAAACAUGAGACUGGAAUAACACCGAAGCUGGUGGAUGAGGAGUUUGACGCCCUGGAAGGCUUCUUCUAUGUUUUGGAGCAUGGGAUCCUGGAGCUCCUUGAGAACGUGGAGACGUACCUGCAUCACCUACAGGGGUUCCUGGCCUGCAAAACAGAGGAGUUUGACUUGGAUAUGGAUGGAGAGAAGGCACCUAUCUGCUAUAAGGAGAUCACUACCGCUCUCAGACAGUGGAUUCUUCCCACAUUUGAAAAGAGGAUGAGGAUGUUAAUCCACAAGCCGCUGUGUGCGCUCCGUGACCUCCUGGUGGGCCCAAGGAACCUGAUCAGGAAAAGGCUGGACAAGCUGCUCGACUAUGAAGUGAUUUGUGACAAAUCCAGCCUGACCUAUGAGGAACAGGCUGUGGCCAACACGUACAGGACAAUGAACACGUUGCUCCUCAACGAGCUUCCUCAGUUUAAUGGUUUGGCUCUACAGAUGAUCUGGAGCAUGUUGGGGACGUUCAGCUGUCUGCAUAAAGACCUCGCCUCAGACAUGGAGCAACUGUUCCAGAGCUUUGCACAACAGCUCCCUCACAGCGCUCUUGACCCCAGUGCAUUCUGGAGGUGGGCGGAGUCUGCUGUGCUGGAAGGUGCAAAGAAGCUGGAGACAUUGUGUCGAAGUGUCGAGGACACGCUCAAUGCGCCCGUCGUCCAGCCUCUGAGUCCAUCUUCUCAGCACCGUCUGAAGCAGCUAACAGAUAAACACGGUUCUGGAAAGAUCUACCAGGUGAUUGGGGCGGUGGUAGGCAGCCGAGACCUGGACCUGAACCUGGCCAAAGGGGAGCUGGUGGCCGUUAUCAGUGAGGCAGACACCCGUGGAGACAAACGAAGGUGGCUGGUUGACACAGGAGGCAGGAGAGGGUACGCUCCCUCCUCAAAGCUGCUUCGCUAUCACCAGCCAGCAGAGGACCCGCCCCCUUCGCCACACUUGACCCUGCCUGAGGGCGUGACAGGAAUCAGAAGACACUCUUACACCCCAGAGGGCCGGCCACUGACUGUCAUGAGCCAGCCGUGCUUCCAGGUGUUUGCAGCCUACGACUUCAAAGCGAGAGGAAACCAUGAAGUUUCUGUUCAGGCCGGUGAACCAGUCCGUGUCCUGGAGCGCCAUGACAAACGAGGGAACCCAGAGUGGAGUCUAGUGGAGGCGAGAGGAGGGCACAGAGGCUACGUGCCCUCCAACUACCUCACAAUCAUGCCUUUGGGGACUGGGCCACCUGGCACUUUCAAGCCCUACUGCUAGGAGGGAAGGAAGGAGAGGAAAAACAGCAGCUUGUACCGUAUGACAAAGGUUUCACCAGUACUGUAUUUAGAAGGCGUACAGCAGUAUUUUUUGUAAAAAAGCUGCACCUUAGUGACCAUCAGUUUUUUCUUUCGAUGUCAAAAUCAGUCUUUAAAAAGACAUGAGCCAUUAAAUACAACAGCAUUAUGGCCACAGUGUUAGCUAAAUUCUGUUUGGUUUUUUUCAGUUUUAUAGCUUGAACUUUUUAAUUUAUCUUCAUUACUACACCCACUUCCUGUGCAAACCAGUGCGGUCAGAUUUUUUAAAUUGCAAGGAAAGGAAAGUAAAAGUGAAGUCACAUCAGUUUUAUUUAUAUAACCCAAAAUCCCAUCUCUGCCUCAAAGAACUGUACAGUCUUUGCAGCCUCUCUCCUCAGACACUGACUGGAUAAGGAAGGAAAGAAAUAUAACCUUUUACAAGUAUGGACUUUCCAUCCACACAAAAACUGUAUCUUUUAAAGUGCUUUCCAAAGUGGAGAGUGAGCAUAUACAAACGCUGGCAUCUGACUGUAGUGUCAUCCAAACUCUAGCUAUCGAUAUUUACUGGUGGUGCAACAGUGUGUCAACGUCAGGAAGACAGCGCGUCUGGAACAUGUAACAUGAACAGCAGAGGACAUUUCUACAUUAGUGCUGUUGUUGGGACGUUUGGAUGAGGACGGAUAAUGCUAGUGGUAAAGGACAACCUUCAAUAUACCUACAGUGUUUUAAGUUUUUCUGCUUUUAUGGACUUGGCCUUACUAGUGUUAAUAUAUGUGACACACUGGAAACAAUGAAGGAAGCUGCAGCCCGUGUGCUGGUAGUUAACACGCUGUCCUGCUCGUGAGCACUGAGGCAGGACAGAUGCUUGCUGAGAUGGAGUUUAACAUCUCGAGGCGAAAGGGCGAUCUUCAAGAUGCACUGCAGAUUUUUUGUGGCCAUUGUUGAACAGCACCAUGGAAGAUGGGGAGGUGAAUGGGGGUCGUCUGAGCUGCAUGAGAAGAGCGACUUAUAUCCCAUGAUCCUCUGCGGGAAAAGAAAAAAAGAACACUUGAAUUGAAAAUGAUUGACUGCAUGUUCUCGUUAAAGUGUCCGCGUGUUAGCGAGCUAACCGCAACACUUAGACACACAGAGAGCAAAACGUGUUCGUGCGCAUCUGUUUGAUAUGAAAUUGAGCUGACAGGUUAGUGUGUGUGUGUGUGUGUGUGUGUGUGUGUGUGUGUGUGUGUGUGUGUGUGUGUGUGUGUGUGUUGAGUCUCCCCCUCCUCACCUGGAGGCAGGAGCAGUACUGUAUCAAGACUGACAGGUACACAGCGCUCUCAUCAUCUCAGACUGUGUAAUGUAAUGUAAAUGUAAAAUGUCUCCAGGGCCGAGUAGGAGAGAGACAGGGGAAGGAACGGGGAGAAGAACUGAAAGAGUUGGAGGGAAAAUGGGAGGAACAGCAGGCAGGCAGGAGCCUCGGCAGAGUUAUCCUGUUAGUGUGGAUGUCUCUUUUCUCCUUCCUUUUCCCUCUCUAACCAUGAGCUGAUUUAAAUAACCCCUCUCUUCCCACAUUCACUCCUGUAUGUGUAGAUGUGUUGCUGUUGCUUUCAUUCUCUAUAUUCCUAUUACAGUAAGAGACUAAAUUGCUCCUUAAGGUUUUUGGCUUAAAAAGGUUUUAAUCCAGAGAUGUAAAAUACUAUAGACAUGACUAAAGCGACCUACUUCUGUAUUCAUAGGCACCUGAUGAUGCUUGUUGCUAUGGAUACUGUCCAAUCAGUGCAGGUCGCGUUUUCCUGUGGCAUUUCAUCAAGUUGGCGGGACUGCGAAAACAUUUAGCGACGGCAGAAUUAAAUUGUUUUUGUCAGUUUAGGGAACGUUUGCCACUUCAGUUUCUUAUUGUAACAAGGCAUAUAGACCUGCAGAGGAACCAUUCUGCACUGACAAAGAGUGCUAUGGUCUCAUGGAAAUGGAGGCAGAGAGAGUGUCUUUUUCUAUACAUUUUAUUUCUACACAUUCAGAUUUUAAAAUCCGUGUUAUUGGAAGAAAACUCUCCAACUUGCUGCAACGAGUCAAAACAACAUUCCUGUCUCUUUAACCUAAAUCAUUUCCUGAUCCUGUCAACGUACAUUUUGGAUUUGGAGUCAAGUCUUCAUCUCCAUUAGUUUGUCAAAUGCCGGAUGUAUUGACAGCUAAAAAUGUUGUCAAAUGGUGAAUAUUGAAAUAUUGGAAUAUUGACAGUCAUUGGUUGACUGUCACUAUCCCACAUCUGACAAACUACUAGAGUGCUGCAGGGAUGACGUAUUUUUGUAGGCAUCACUUUACUUCACCACCACCAAACUUUAAGUGUGAUGUUUAAUGUCACAGACAAUGUCUGCACUCUCAUUUAGCCACACAGCCGCCUUUCUCAAGACAUAUAUAAGCUUAAAAAUUCACUAGGUGAUGUGAUGAUUUUAUGUCAUAGGAUGAUGGUCAUAUUCAGCCUGUAUUUAUUAAAUUUAAACAAAAGAAUCAUUCUCUUAGCCAGACAAGAUAAGUACUCAUCUAUUCUAUGCACAUAAAGAGUUAAAAAGUGUAAAAAUAAUUUCCCUGCUUUUAGAGAAGCAUUUGAAUCUUUCAUGAUGGAGACGUUUGAGAAGAGAAGCAACAUUUAAAUGAUCAUUCCUCCUGCACGAUGGCGUCUCCUUGACAGUGACUGCAUAUGACAUUCCUCAGAGUGGACUUCUUGUUUCACAAGCAUGUUUUGCAUAAAAUUGAGCGUUCCUCCACUGGAUUGUGCUGUUUCAGCUGCUGUGGAUGUGAAGCGGAGGGGGGGAGGGAGGAUGGGAUUCAGAGCUGCUCAGCUGGAGCUUAGCUGUUCCCAUUCGUCUGAAUGUCAGGAUGGAGCAGAGCAGCAGGAGGGACAGACAGGGACAGUGUGUGUGAGAUGUUAUUAAUAUACCAAAAUACCAAAUGGCCUCAAGGUUAGUGCAGAUGGAGGAAAAUAAAGAACCCCCCCAACCUGACAACGCUUUACCUGCUUUCACCUCUCCAGAACAGUGUGAAGCUGCUAUCAGUAAUGCGCCCUGCGAUUCUGAAUCCAUUUUGUAAAGAAAGUAUUUUUUUAUUCCCCCAGAAAUAUGGCCAAAAAUGUAGAUACUGCAAAAACCUAACCACAUAACUUCACCACAGACUCCUGGAAAACAUUGAGACCCGUGAGCUAUUUAUAUAUGAGCAUGUAUAAGUAGUAAGGGUGUAUUUUUCCAUUAAAACCUUCCUGUUUGUUCAUGAACAUUGUCCUUCCAGGUGAGGUGAUGUCCUUACGCAAACGUGUGUGUGUGUGUGUGUGUGUGUGUGUUUUUGUUACCAAAUAAGUUUUUUUUUUUCAACUCUCCACCACUAGAGGGAGCAGGAGACCUAGGUUGUGUCUGACUAUGUAACUGGAGUGUGUGUGAGCCCUCUUUAUCAGUAUUAGUGUUUGCCUGAGAGCAGAGCCUGAACAUAAUCCUGUACAUUCUGUUUAUAUUGUUCAGUUACCUGUGAUUGUUUUUUACUAACCCGCUGUUAAACCAACGUGUGUAGCAUGUAACAUGUUUAACCUGCUGAUGAUCUGGUUUUACAGCCUGUACAGCAUUACUGUUCAUAAUUUAUUGUUUUGUAACUGUGUUUAGUCACAUUGCUGUUUUUAACUUAUUUGGUGCCGCAGGGCUAUGGCCUGAGAUGAAUCAUGAAAUCUUUGAAGUGUUGCCAAAGAAAGAUGAUGUUGAACUCACUCUCACACACAUGUAUUCACACAGCAGAUGGGAGUUUCUGCAGUGCAGCAGUUGUAUCUGUCGGGGCAGCUGUGAACUGACUGUGUGGCUUUAAUAAAACUAAACAGAAAACCUC